AUGGAACUGCGUCUUCGCAUGGUUAUUCGCAUGGUUAUGGACUGCGUCUCCGCUGUCGAGUCUAAAAAGAAAGGGCAUAUCGCUGACUUUUGGUUGAAGUCUUUACCUGGGCUGAAGUGCAAUAACAGGAUAAGCACUGAAAACGUAUUUGUAUCUUGCGAUUUAGAUGGGAUACAAAUCAGUAAUGGAAUUCAAUUUGGUGGUUCCAGAAAUAAUUUUCAAAAGCCUAAACAGUUGUAUAGAAAUCAUAAACAAAUGAGUGUUGAAGAAGUGGUGCCAACCAAAAAGAUCUCAGUAAAUAAAGAUUGUGAUGAUGAACCAGGGAACAAUUCACCACUUAAUGACAA